AUGGCUGUGCAAAGGUGGCUGGGCAAGAGAUACAGUUCCAAGAAGAAAUCAAGGAGCCAUGGCACGCAGAAGGACUCCCAGGAGAGGCAAGUGGCCUACACAACCAGUUUAUGCCCCCAGACUGCUGGGUGGAUGGCUUCCUCCAGACAAGCUUCACUGCCAGGGUCCAGGGCGCUCCUGCGCUUCUGCGAUGCCCCCGCACUCCCGCGGCCGCGCUUCGCGGUCGGGCUCUCCCGUCGCCUCCCCGCAGCCCGCUCCGCCGCGAGCCAGUACCUAGCCGGGCCGGGCGCGGGGCCCGGGCGAGGCCGCCAAGAUGGCCGACGCGCUCCGCAGCGCGCGGAUCACGCGGGAGGGCUGCCCUUGGCCUCCCGGGAAGCUGCCAAGGUUCCGCCGCCCUCCCUGGCGCUCUGCCCCGGCCGGCCUGCUGGGAUCUCCUUCCCGGCGCGCCCUUCAGCUCCUGGGGCCUCGCGAACCUUCCAGGCCCGAGGCCAUCCAGACGCGCGCACCAGGCCCGACCCGGGAGCGGAAGGCGCGACGCAGCCCAGAGGAGAGACAGGGGCCGGGGCUGCUCCGCGGCUCGGAACGCGAGGGGCGCGUGGGCCGAGGCUGCUGCCGGAGGCUGCGGCGUGGGACGAGAUCCUCGCUGCGGCUCAGGGCCUGGCCUCCCGCGGCCGCUGUCUCCCGGAAGCCCGCGGAAGCGGCGCGAUGGACGUGGCCACACUGCCCUCCAGUGGCCAGCCCGCCGAACGACACGCCCGGGCGCCGUUUGGGGGUCGGGGUGACGUGUCCACGCUCUGCCUUUUGCUCCAUUUGAAGGUGGGGUUUGUUCCUCCGUGGUUCCUCUUACAGGCCGCCAAAGCUGCCCUCUGCCACAGUGCACACUGACCCAACAGCAGGUCCAGGAUCCAGUGAGCAUUCGUAAGCACCUACUAUGUGCUCUGCACCAGGAUCACUGCAGUGCUGUGUGAGACAUGGCACAAAGGGGCCAGCCGGCCCUCGGAGGCUCCAAGCACCCUGGAGGGCAGGUAAGUGGAGUCCACCCUCCCGGCCCCAGUGUCAGCUCCAGCCUGCUGUGUGCGCUCCUACUCUGCCCAAAUGUCCCUGGGACCGCUCUUUGCAGUUGGGCCAGGCUGACAAAUGGCAGCGGCAAUUCUAGUGUGCAAAUGCUUCUUACUUGGUAUCAACACCAGCUUGAUGGCAGGGGGUGGGAUGAGCACCAACCACUGCUCUUUAUCCCUCGUGCUCCAACAAGGAGGUACCAUCCCAUUAGUCCUGUUCCCUGCUCAGUCCCUUCUGUCCCCAGUUUUCACAUCUGAGAAGUGUGGAGCGGGGAAGAGUUGUGUUAGAUGAUCUCCAAGGGUUUUUGGACCAUGUCUAGCCCACCAGUGCUCUGUGGGAGAGAUGGACAAGAACAGCCCUGCCCACUGACCCCAUGACCCUAGCGUUAUGCAAAGCAAGGCCUUUGGCAUUAACGGACUCCAGGUUGGGGGAUGGGAGAGGGGAGCAGCUGAAAAACAAUGUGCAACUUUAGAAUCAAAUCAGUCCAACUCUGUUCCUGACUCUGUGAUCACCGGCAAGUGGUUUUUAAUCUUUCUGAGCCUCAGUUUCCUCAUCUGAGAGAUGGGAAUCCCAUGAUACCUAUCUCAUGGGGCUGUUCUGAAGAUUACUGAUAACAGCUACCACUUAGCAAGUGCUUGAUCCGUGCCAGGCACCACACUGAGAGCUUCCCGUCCACUCCAUGAGGGCAUGUGCAGAAGUGCUGGCCCUGUGCCAGCAAGAAGUAGGGCUCCACAUGGUUGUUAUUCUGUGACAGCCCUCCUGCUCUGCAUAAAUAUAUUUAACAGGCAAAGGCUUCGUAAGCCCUUGGCACAUAAUAAGCACUCAAUAAACAGUGGGCUUUAUUACUAGCCAGAGAGAAGGGACUCUUGUGAGGAGGUCCUACAGAAGGAGAAAUAUGGAGGAGUGGCUGACCCAAGAUGAUGGCUCACACACCUCUCCCAGGAGGGUCAGCCCCAUGCCUAGCUAGGCAGUUCCCUGGCUAGGACUAGGAUGGCAGCUCUUACUCACUCUUCCCAGAGAGUAGCUAAUUAGCCUCCCAGCAGCCAGGAGCUCCUCAGAUGAAAGGUGCUUAAUACAAGCUCAAGGCGUAACCCCCAUAUUUAUAACUAAGGUUCCCUGGGGUGAGGAAGGCCCCAGGGCAGAGAGACAGGCCAGAUCAGGGCCUCGCCUUGUUUAUGACGGAGGUUCCCAGGGAAGAGAGCCGGCUGGGGUGGCUGUGAGCCUGAGAAAGGGCUCUGGGUGGUGGGUGUGGGCUGCAGAGGGAGCCCCUCCCUAGGAGUGGGCGGGGCCCAGUGGCAGAGGAGGCAGAGUGAAUGCUUCAGGGCCCAAGCUGUCUCCCAGAGUGGGAGCUCCAAGGUCAGGAGACAGCCUAGGAUAGGGUAGAUCAAUGUGAGGCUCUGCUCCUGGGCUGCCAGGUCAGAAUUCCAGUUUUGCUAUGGCCAUUCCAAGUCCCAGAGCCUCAGCUUCCUCAUCUGUAAAAUGGGGAUAAUGGUAACAUUGACCUCACAGCUAUUUACUGACAACACUUAGUACAGACAGGACCUGGCACCCACUAUGUAAAGAAUGAGGAUUCAUGCAUUUGCUCAUUCAACAGAUAUGUAUUGAGCACCUGCUGUGUGCCAGGCACUGGGUGUUAGAAAUACAG